GGGCGCCCCACCCCCACCUGUCAGGAGGAGGCUUUCACCUGGCUCACCUUGCUGCCGCCUGACUGACACAACAGGCGCCACAUUGCUCUGGAGACCCCGACAUGGAGCCGGUGUACCGGGGUCUGGGUCGCUGCAUUUGUUGUUUCUGGCUCGCUGUGGCCUUUGACGUCAUCGGACUGCUCGUGCUCCUCGUUGGCGUGUUCGUGAACGUCUUCUUCUACGACCUGCUCAUCUACGCCGGCGCCAUUGUCAUCUUCCUCAGCCUCGUCUGGUGGGUCUUUUGGUACUCCGGAAACAUCGAGGUCCUCCCCGCGGAGCUUGAGGACGACGUGGGGCUGAUCAAGAAGGACAAGGACGCUCUGGGCGCCAUCACCGGUGCGGUCCGCCGGCUGUCCAGUCGGGUGUCCACCGGCAUCAGGAAUUCCUUCCGCAGGAACCUUACAGCGGCCGGAGGUCCGACUGUACCCAAUGAGCCGGUGGUCGUCGUCACCAUGGCAACCUUGACGCCCAAUGAGCGCAAUUUGGAGUCUUCGAUGGAGUGCGAUGACGUCAUGCCUCACACCACAAUGGAGACCUCACCGGCAUAAUGAAGGCCGACAGAGACUCGGAGAACGACAACAAGAACCAAGAAUCCAAUUUCACUCACUGAAACGCAACUUCUUUUUUUUCAAUGUACAGUAUGUGUUUUUAAAAAAUGACAGCAGCUGUGAAGAUGUAUUUAUAAUUGUAAUCAUGAUUACAUAUUUAUGUUUUUAAAUAAAAAAUA